AACCUAAUCACCACUACAAUUGCCUUCUUCCCCCGCAUCAUCCCUACCUCGUAUCUGAUGCUGCUCUCCUCUCUACAGCUGCCACGCUGACCCUGACUUCAUGUCUGCAGGUGCUGAUACUGCAAUGAGCGGCAGGAUCCCCGCCGUGUCUCCCUCAGUGGCCACAACAACCACCGCCUCCGAGCGUCGGUCUAAACCCGGUGAGCCAUCAUCAUCCAAGAAGAGGCCGGUCGUGAGGGUCAAGAAGCAUGCUUCGACAAGCUCCGCAGCCCCUGCCGCUCCCAAGGCAGCAGAAGCGGUGGUGAAGCGUCCUUUCAGGUCCUCCCUCGCUUCGGCCAAUCGUCCCGCCCGCGUUGCAGACCCUGUCCCAUGUCCUCAGUGCCGCGUCUCUUCAGCAUGGUAUCUCUGCCAGCAUUGUGUCCAGGCCAAGCUGGAGAAGCAUCGUGCGAACAUGAUGAGACUCACGACUGCUCGUGAUGCUAGCAGGAGAAUGACGGAUGCUCUACUGGGCAACGACUUCACGGAAGAGGAGGAUGGCGCUAUUAUGCCUGACCCCUUCGGCCCGCCUUCGGAUCUGCCCCGUAAUCCUCAUCCGAUUGCGUCUCACCACGGCAGAGCCAUCUCAAGUCGCUGGUCGCAGCUCACUGGUCAGGUCGCAGAUCGGAGCGCUGAUGUUGAGACCUCUCUGAGGGAUGUUGCAAUGUUGAGGGAAAAGGUCGAGGCGAAGCGAGCCGAGCUAGCCAGGCGGAGAAGCUACCUCACGGCGGCUCGUCGGAUGCUCAGUGCAGAGGCUGAGGUCACCCAACCUGGUGGGUACAGAAGAAGUCUUGAGGUACAGAUCCAGCAGCUGCGUAGAAGGGUCCAGCUACAGCACGAGGAGCUCAAUCGGACCCGCAAAAUCCGGCAGUUACAGCUGCUCGGCUACUACUCUGUAGCGCCUCCGACAAACAGCGGUACGCAUCUCCUGGCUAGAGCUCGAGAACGAUUCAUGCCAGGUGCAUUCGAGCCCGUAGGUAGCCCUCCCAGCUCGUUGGCGCCGACGCACAAUAGUCUCUCGUCGGAGUGGACCAUCCUCCCGUCCACCAGUCCUCUCGCUCUGCCCCUUCCUACCUCUUCCGACAUCAGACGCUUCUCAAGAGCCGACAUCAAUACAGCUGCGAGCCUUACGUGCCAAGUACUGCAAGCGAUGGCUGCGAUAUGCGGGGUGGCUCUGCCCUUCAGGAUGUCCUCUGAUGAGAACGGACGAUGGUCUUUCACACCGGAUGAGCUCUGGGCACCAGCAGGAAUAGCUACUACAUCCCUCAAGCUCCAUCUCGGUCAAAGCGCCUAUGCCGCAAUCUCUGGCGCUCCUGCCACACCUCAAUCAGCCAUAUCAACCGCUGGACGAGGGAUCGAAGCCUCGGUGAUGUCCCUUGGCGCCUCGACCCUCAGUACCUUAGAGAGCUUUGUCACGCUGCCUGGCCGCAACAACAAGACUUGGGGAAGAGCUUCGGCCCUCCAAGCUCACGGCAACCCUGGCAAGGAAGCUGCUGUAGCAACCGACGCGCAAUCGGGUGCGGCAACGAGCAGAAAAGUUGAUACAGCUCUGGCGUCUGCUCGGGACUUCUGUCGCGCUCUCGUCAUGCUGGCAUACAAUGCUGCCUACUUUGCCUGGAGUCAAGGAGUUCAGAUCGAUUUGGUGAAGGCUGGCGGAAGUACUCUGAGGCUGCUGUACGAAGCCGCUCAUGCGGUGGGCACCAAACGAUCUCACCUCGCUGUACCCCCUUCUUCGACCGCUCUACACGAUUUCACAUUCCCCACCCUGGACUUUUCCAAGCUGCUACAGCUCCACGAGCUCCAUGACGGCACAGCUACACCGCCAGGAGGAACGGGAGGAACCCCUUCGUCGCCCUCGUCCUCAUCCUCUGCCUCACGCAGAAGUGCUUCAGCUACAAUAGCUUCGAGACCCCUAAUGGAGGAAAGCUAUGUAGAUGCUGGGCAAGUAGCUGCGAGCCUGCUCAAUCUCGAUGCGCAGCCCGUGGAGCGCAAGGAGAGCCGCUCUGGUGCUGCUCGAUCCAAAGGAGGUCAAGCCUCUACAAGUAUAGCCAGUCCCAGCUCCAAUACCACUCCAUUGCGCUCCUCGGGAGCACCAGCAGAUCGACGCACGACUGCUGCAAGCAAGGCGGGCAGCACGAUGACAACCACGGGGACGACGAUGAACCACGUUGCUUCCUCGCCCGUCAGUCUGGACUUUCUUCGUCAGAGGGGACAGAAGGAAGCCGCCAGGGCCAGCGGUAGCGGCAGCACUUCUGGGACUGGCGCUGUGCGAUCUUCUAUCGCAACUGGUACGCCCUCGACCUCGACCUCGCGCCCGCGUGUAGACUCUGCGGGUCAGCGAGAUCUGCCGCUGGGAGCAGGAGUAGGGGCAGGGGCAGGUGCGGGUGGAAACGAGAAGCUGCGGGAUGGUUCUGCCGAGUCCAGGAACAGGAGCAGCCAGAGUCGAGCCAUCGACAGCGGGCGGAGCAAGGUCUCUUCUUCCUCUUCUUCUGCAAGAAAAGGAGACAAUGCCUCCACGCCCUCUCGGGCCUCGGGCAGCGACUUGGUCCCUGCUUCUGCUUCUGCCCCUGCGUCUGUACCUGCGUCCGCGGGCACUGUCAUUUUCAACGGCAAAGAAAUCGGGAGUAGUCGGAGCGGGCGUCGCAAAGGAAAAGAUCAGACGCAAGUACAGACUACAGAAGGUCGGACAUCUUCAAUGAGGACUGCUCUGGGGAGAACGGGGAUCGAGGCAGGGAGGGAAAGAGGCUCGGCUGAUGGGGCUCGGUAUGCUUCUUCUUCUUCUACGCCUAGGAGAACGACCGUGACUGCAACCGCGACUACUGCCGCUGCUGCUGUACCUGCCUCUGCGGAAGGGUCGAUGGAGGACAAGGGAAAGGGCAAGUCGGUCCAGUCGGACGAGGCGGACGAGUGGGACGUUGUAUGAGUAUAGUUAUUUCGCGCCCGUGGUGGGAUGGGGCUCUUGGUCUGCCUGACACCCUGGCCACUUCCCAUGAUGUUCGACUUUUUGUAUUGUACACUAUAUGCUUCUCUCCUGUUGACUUGCACUCUUGCUAUCACUGUAUACUUCACGCCAUCAAUUCAUCAAGCCUCAUGCCUGUCCCGGU